CAACGUUAGUCAUAUCAAAGAAAGGGUGGAGGAACUCUGCAGGUUCUUUUAUAAUGUAACUGUUAUUAUUUUAUGAUUUGUUAAUUAAUUUAUAUCAACGUCAAAAAAUUCUCAGAGACGGCGUGGUUAUUUAAAUUGGUCUAGUCCAAAAUGCCGGCUUAUCACUCAAAUAUAUUAAAUUAUAGUCAAUGCCUUGGUAACAUGGCCGUUCUGCCGAUCAAUACAGCGCACCGUGGCCCUGCGCCGACCACAUCGAAGGAGGACAUAAUAGACGAAGCCAUUUAUUAUUUUAAAGCCAACGUGUUUUUUAGAACUUACGAAAUCAAAAGCGAAGCUGAUAGGGUGCUCAUUUAUAUAACGCUGUACAUAACCGAGUGUCUGAAAAGGAUUCAGAAGGUGAGGUCGCAAAACGAGGCCAUGAAAGAGACAUACAUGCUCGCUGUGUCGAAGUUUGCGAUACCCGGGGAAGACGGGUUUCCAUUGAAUUCAGUGUACGCUAAACCAUCAUCGCCCACAGAGGCGGAUCAGAUGAGGCAAUAUCUUUUACAAUUGCGCCAAGAGACCGGAACGAGGCUUUGCAAAACUAUAUACGGAGGUGACCUGCCUAUUAAAUGGUGGUUGUGCUUUGCCAAAAAGAAGUUCAUGGAUAAAUCAUUGUCUGCUCCUGGCGAAUAAAAUUUAAAAAUAA